AUGGUUUUCUAUUUCACAUCGACUGUCGUCGAACCCUCCGCCUUUAUUUAUGUUGGCAAAGACAAAUUUGAGAACGAGGAUCUCAUUAAAUAUGGAUUGGACAAUGAUGUCUGGUAUGUUCCCCGAGCUUUGGGACUGAUUUUCUUGCGCAGGUUCCACGUCGACAAUUUGUCAAGUGCACACGUCUACGUACGCCUUCGAGAAGGUGAAACAUGGGACAACAUUGCCCAGCCACUUCUAGAGGACUGCGCCCAGCUCACAAAAGCGAACUCCAUUGAAGGAAACAAGAAGGAUAAUAUCACCAUUAUCUACACACCGUGGUCAAACCUGAAGAAAGACGGGUCAAUGGCAGCUGGUCAAGUCACCUUCCAUAAUCACAAGCUGGUCCGCAAGGUCUAUGUUAAGCAGCGUGAGAACCCAAUUGUCAACCGGCUGAACAAGACCCGAGUCGAGAAAUACCCCGAUCUCCGAGCCGAGAAGGAAGAGGACGCGAAGAAGAAGCAGCGCGGUGAUCGCAAGACCCGAGAUGAAGAGCGUGCAAAGGAAAAGAAGAAGCAGCAAGAGUAUGAACGGCUCAAGUGGCAGAAAGAUCACGCCUAUGAUGAUAUGUUCACGGAUGAGAAUAUGGAGCGCAGCAACAACCAGGACCGCGAUGAGGAUUUCCUCGACGACUUCAUGUGA